AUGCAAUUCACGAUUAAAUUCGCUGCUCUUGCCUUUUUGGCCCAGGUUGCAGUGAUCGCGGCCUUCCCUCUCGAGCAAGGAUACGACAACGAUCUUGAGGCUCGCGGCCCUACCAAGCGCCCUUCUCAACAGGAAUGUGAGGCUGCAUGCACUCUUGCUGGGUUCCAAGGCCAAGCCUGGAACCAAUGCGUGUCGCAGUGUGUCGCUGGCAACUACCCUACGCCGCCACCUAGUCCACAAAACAGGCCGGCGCAGCAAGCGAGGCCGGCGCCAGCUCCUAGAAUCAAAGUAGGAAAAAGAGGACCUACGAAGCGUCCCACGCAACAAGAAUGUGAAGCUGCCUGCACUCUAGCAGGAUUCCAGGGACAGGCUUGGAAUCAAUGCGUGUCUCAAUGCGUCGCCGGUAACUAUCCUACACCACCACCCAGCCCACAGAACCGCCCGGUGCAGCAGGUGAAGCCCGCGGUGCGACCCGCUCCUAGAAUCAAAGUCGGGAAGCGGGAUGAUCUUGAGGCUCGCGGUCCUACUAAGCGUCCUACGCAACAAGAAUGUGAGGCUGCGUGCACCUUAGCCGGCUUCCAAGGACAAGCCUGGAGCCAAUGCGUCUCGCAGUGUGUGGCAGGCAACUACCCAACACCGCCGCCGAGCCCUCAGAACAGGCCCGCGGUACGGCCAGCCCCGCGAAUUAAAGUCGGAAAGCGAGGCCCUACCAAGCGGCCCACGCAACAAGAGUGCGAAGCGGCAUGCACACUCGCCGGAUUCCAAGGCCAGGCAUGGAAUCAGUGUGUCUCGCAAUGCGUAGCUGGGAAUUACCCUACACCGCCACCUAGCCCUCAGAACCGUCCGGUACAGCAGGCGAGGCCCGCGGUGAGACCAGCUCCCAGAAUCAAAGCCGGAAAGCGGGACGACCUCGAGGCUCGUGGCCCCACUAAGCGACCUACGCAACAGGAAUGUGAGGCUGCGUGCACGUUAGCUGGAUUCCAGGGACAAGCGUGGAACCAAUGUGUGUCUCAGUGUGUUGCCGGUAACUACCCCACGCCGCCACCUAGCCCGCAGAACAGGCCGGUUCAGCAGGGGAAGCCAAUGGUGCGCCCAGCUCCGAUGGUUAAGGUUGGAAAGCGUGAAGUUGCAGAUUUUGGCGAUGACGAGUAA